GGGAGAACCGCUUUAUCUUAAAAAAAAAAAAAAAAAAAGAUGAGAGAGAAAGGUAGAGAGACUUCAAAAAAGAAAAAGAAGCUUAGUCUUUUAUUUCUUAGCAUUCAAUUCUAUUUUCUCUCUUCAUUAUCACUCUCUAGCUAUUUGAUUAUAAGUUUAUAAACCGACUCUAUGCUCCUCUCUCUCCCUCUCUCUCUCUGUCUCUCUCUCUCUCUCUUUGCGUGGAUUAAGGAAAUGAUUUUAAGUGGGAAAAACAGAAGACGGUUUCACCAUUAAUGGGGUUUUCAAUAGCUAUAGGAGAAGCUGAACAACAAGAGCAAGAGACAAAGUUUUUAGGUUCUUCUUUGAUCAUGGCUUCGAGUGUUAAGAGCACCAACUCAACAACUACUCAACUUGAACCACCCGCACCACUCUCACAUCUUCAUCAUCAUCUUCAUCACCAUCAUCAACAACCACAACAUCAUCAUCAAAUACAAGACAACCAAAUCUCUUUUGGAAUGAUGCCAUUUUCUUCAUCGCCCUCUAUCCCCGGAAACUACUUAAGCAAAGAUUCUGGACCUUAUGAUUUGGGUGAAUUGGAUCAAGCCUUUUUUUUGUAUCUUGAUGGACAAGCUGACCCUUCAAGUGUUCAAGACCAAAAACAGGAUUCAUCUUCAGGAAUGAGGCCACCACCAACUCUCAACAUUUUCCCAUCUCAGCCUAUGCACGUAGAGCCGCCACCACCAUCCAAUUCCAAGGCUAGCAUGGAAUUACCUUCUCCACAAACCAGUUCUAAGAGACCAUCAGAGCCGUCCAUAGAGUUGGCCAACCCACGAAAUGAAGCAGCUUCUGCACCUGAACAACCCAAACCUGUAAAGCGAGAGAGCAAUCGCAAGGGAACAACAUCAAGUUCUGAACAGGAAGGACCCAAAACACCAGAUCCUAAGACACUGAGAAGACUUGCUCAGAAUAGAGAGGCAGCAAGGAAAAGCAGGCUUAGGAAAAAGGCGUAUGUUCAGCAACUAGAGUCAAGUAGGAUUAAGCUUAAUCAGCUAGAACAAGAGUUACAGCGUGCUAGAUCUCAAGGCAUAAUCAUGGGAGGAGGUGCAGUUUUGGGAGGGGAGCAAGGCCUUCCUCUCACUAUGGGUAGCAUUAGCUCAGAGGCUGCAAUGUUUGACAUGGAAUAUGCGAGAUGGUUAGAUGAGCACCAUCGUCUAGUGUGUGAGCUAAGAGCUGCAAUCCAAGAACACCUUCAUGAAAAUGAGCUUAGGCUAUUUGUGGAUAAUAUCUUGGCUCAUUAUGAUCAAGUAAUGAACCUCAAAAGCUUAGUGGCCAAAACAGAUGUGUUUCACCUUGUUUUUGGCAUGUGGAAGACGCCAGCUGAACGUUGCUUCAUGUGGAUCGGUGGGUUUAGGCCAUCUGAACUCAUUAAGAUUAUUCUAAGCCAAAUUGAGCCUCUUACGGAGCAACAAAUACUUGGGAUAUGUGGGUUGCAACAAUCAACCCAAGAGGCAGAAGAAGCUCUUUCUCAAGGGCUUGAAGCACUCAAUCAAUCACUCUUAGACACUAUAACAUCAGAUUCAUUGAGUUUUCCUCCAAAUAUGGCUAACUACAUGGGACAAAUGGCGGUGGCCAUGAACAAGCUCUCUACCCUUGAAGGUUUUGUGAGACAGGCAGAUAAUCUGAGGCACCAAACCAUUCUCCGCCUGCAUCAGCUACUUACAACACGUCAAGCCGCAAGGUGUUUGGUGGCCAUGUCUGAGUACUUUCAUCGUCUAAGAGCCCUGAGCUCUCUAUGGAUGACACGCCCUCGCCAAGAAUAG